AUGGACGCCCGCAUUGUUGUUCUUUCGCUAAUCUUUGCUUUAUCACCUUUGAUCUGGAUCAUCAGUCUUGCAUCAAGGAGGACUAAAAAGCUUCCUCCUGGACCAAUACCUUUGCCGAUCAUCGGAAACCUCCAUUUACUCGGCGACCAACCACACAAGUCACUAGCAAAGCUCGCAAAAACUCAUGGCCCUCUUAUGAGUUUAAAGCUCGGGACAAUAACAACCAUAGUAAUUUCUUCCUCGGUUGUUGCGAAAGAAGUAUUGCAAAAACACGAUUUGGCUUUCUGCGGCAGAUCGGUGCCAGAUGCCGUCCACGCCCACAACCAUUCCCAGUUAUCCGUGGUUUGGCUACCGGCGGUGGACUCAAAAUGGAGAAGUCUUCGAAAAAUCAUCAACUCCCACAUCUUUUCCGUCAGCCGGCUUGACGCCAGUCAGGAAAUAAGAUCUAAAAAGGUUGAAGACAUAAUUGGCUACUGCAAAUUGAUGUCUCAAUCAGGGGAGGCGGUGGAUAUCGGGGAAGCUGCAUUUAGAACUUCCCUGAAUUUGCUGUCCAACAUCAUUUUCUCCAGAGAUUUGACCGACCCUUUUACGGAUUCUGCAAAAGAAUUCAAAGAUGUGGUGUGGGAUAUAUUGGCUGAUUCCGCUAAGCCAAACAUUGUUGACGUAUUCCCGGUGUUAAGGAAGUUUGAUCCUCAGGGCUUAAGGCGUCGGAUGAGUAAUCAUCUGGAUAAUAUUUUUAAGAUUUUCAGAAGUUUGAUCACAGAAAGAUUGGAUAGCAAGAGAUCUGGAAACAUACAUAUGGAUGUGCUAGAUGAACUACUGGCUCUGUGUAAAGAGGCCCCAGAGGAUAUUGACAUAACUGGGAUUGAGCACAUAUUUUUGGACCUAUUUGCUGCGGGAACAGAUACAACCUCUAGCACACUGGAGUGGGCAAUGGCAGAAUUGCUCAGGAAUCCACACAUCUUAAACAAAGCACAAACAGAGCUUGCGGAAGUCGUCGGGAGAGGGAAGCAAAUCAAGGAAACCGAUUUGCCCCGGUUGCCUUACUUACAAUGCAUAGUUAAAGAAACAUUCCGUAUACAUCCAGCAGUACCACUCUUGAUUCCUCACAAAGUGGAGCGAGAUGUGGAGCUGUUUGGCUACAUUGUCCCUAAAGGUUCACAAGUUUUGGUGAAUUCCUGGGCUAUUGGUCGGGAUGAGACAAUUUGGGAGGACCCUUUGGCGUUUAAGCCUGAGAGAUUCUCUGGAUCUCAAGUGGAUGUCAAGGGACAAGAUUUUGAGCUGAUCCCUUUUGGAGCUGGACGAAGAAUUUGUCCUGGAAUGUCAUUGGCAUUGCGGACUAUCCCUACAGUAUUAGGCUCGUUGCUAAAUAUGUUCGAUUGGGAACUUGAAGGCGGUAUAGAGCCAGAAGCAUUGGACAUGGCAGAAAAUUUUGGAAUCACAUUGCAGAAGGCAUUGCCACUCCGUGCUGUCCCAAUUCCAAUUGCUUCGAUAAUAUUCGCCGGAUCGGAAAUGGAUGUCCGGGGACAAGAUUUUGAGCUGAUCCCUUUUGGUGCCGGGCGAAGAAUCUGUCCGGGAAUGUCGUUGGCCAUGCGAACUAUCCCGGUAGUACUCGGCUCGCUGCUAAAUAUAAGGCGCUGCCCCUGCGAGCUGUCCCUGUUGCUGUUUCUUCUUUGGGUUGUCUUCCCUUUGUCUUUGAUAUGGAUCAGUUCUCUUGCAUCAAGAAGAGGAAAGAAUCUUCCUCCCGGACCGAAACCGCUGCCGAUCAUCGGAAACCUCCAUUUACUAGGCCAACUCCCCCACAAGUCACUGGCAAAACUCGCCAAAGUUCAUGGCCCUGUUAUGAGUCUAAAGCUGGGGCAGGUAACAGCUGUGGUGAUUUCUUCUUCAGCAGCAGCAAAAGAAGUCCUUCAAAAGCAAGAUUCGGAUUUCUCCAACAGAGCUGUACCUGAUUCGCUUCACGCACAAGAUCAUGUCAAAUAUUCCGUCGCCUGGUUGCCUAAUGCCUCCAAAUGGAGAAUUACUUUACGCAGAAUCAUUAAUUUUUAUGUCUUCUCAGCCAGCCAACUAGAUAUCUGGCCGACCCUUUGGCUGAUUCGGCAAAAGAAUUCAAAGCAGUUGUGUGGGACAUCAUGUCGGAAGCCGAUUCAGUUCCAUUCACACUUACCAAGGCAAGCUGCCUUUACAGCUUCCCUCAACACUCUGUCUAAUAUCUUCUUCUCCGAAGAUUUGACCCACCCUUCGGCUGAUUCAGCGAAAGAAUUUAAAACUGUUAUGUCGGAUUUCUCGGCCGAAGCCGGGGGGCCUAACUUGGUUGAUUUCUUCCCGGUGCUUAGGAAGUUUGAUCCACAGGGUGUUAGGCGUCGUAUGACUGUUCAUUUUCGCAAGGUGCUUGACAUUUUUCAUGCUCUGGUCAGCCAAAGGUUGGAGAACAGGAAAUCUGGUGGCACAAGGAUGGAUGUGCUAGAUGGCCUGCUUGCUUUAAGUGAAGAAGAUCCAGAGGAGAUUGAUAUAAAUUUGAUCCAGCGUUUAUUCCUGGACUUACUUUCAGCGGGUACGGAUACAACUUCAAGUACGCUUGAGUGGGCAAUGGCGGAAUUGCUCAAAAAUCCACGGAUCUUACAACGAGUCCAAGCUGAGCUUGCUGAAGUAGUCGGCAGAGGGAAGCCGAUAGAGGAUUCUGAUGUAGCUCGAUUGCCUUAUUUGCAAUGCGUUGUGAAAGAAACUCUACGACUACAUCCAGCAGUACCGCUGUUGCUUCCCCGCACAGUGGAGCGAGAUGUUGAGCUGUUUGGCUACAGUGUGCCUAAGGGAUCACUAGUUUUAGUAAAUGCAUGGGCGAUCGCCAUUGACAAGAAACUUUGGGAGGAUCCAUUGCUUUUUAAGCCCGAAAGGUUCGCCAAAUCCAAAUUGGAUGUUAAGGGACAGGAUUUUGAGCUGAUUCCUUUUGGUGCCGGGCGAAGGAUUUGUCCUGGCAUGUCACUGGCAUUAAGGACCAUCCCGUUAGUACUGGGUUCGAUGGUGAAUGUGUUUGACUGGAAACUUGAAGGCGGCAUUGCGCCUGAAGAAUUUGAUAUGGGAGAGAAGUUUCACGUUACAAUGCAUAAGGCAGAGCCCUUACGAGCUGUCCCAAUUGCCCUCUAA